AUGAAUGAUCAAAGAGAUAAUGUUUUGCAACAUAUGAGAAAGCUUUGGAAUAACUGGAGAGGAUCAUUGCACAAGAAUGUGAAAUCUAAAUCAUUGCACGAGGUUCUUAAAGAUGUGCCAAUGGGAGUAGACAAAAGUGAUUGGGAAUGGUUGGUCAAGGAACAUUUUUUAUCUCAGAAAUUUAAGGUAGUGGAAAGGUGCUUUGGACCUCAAUGCAAAAGUCACGUAGUUGGAUUUGGUGGUGGAAUAACAACUAAGGAGUUAAAAGGCGGUACCACCUCAAAGGCUGCAUUGUGGGAAGAGCUGAAAACAACUCGAAAAGAAAAGGAAUCACUACAAAAACGCAUGGAUAUUCUAGAGAGUAAAUAUGAACACCUUGAAAAUAUAGUGAUCCAUCAGUCUUCAUCAGUUCCAUCAAUUCCAUCAGAUGAAGAUUUUGAAGAUUAAAGAACAAGAU